AUGACUAUUCAGCACGAGCAUCUGCAAAAGGCAGUACCCGUUCCUACCGCGAAUGCCGGAAAGACAGCAGCCACGGCUUCAACACAAGAGAUCGCAAUACCAGAAGCCCCUCGGGAUGAGGCUCAAGACUUGUUGAUUAUCUCACCUUAUACUGAGAGGGAACACCUGCUGGAUUUGAAGAGUCUCGACACGGAAAAUGCGAUCGUCGCGCAAGCCCUAGUUCACUUAAAGUGCCUCCGGUCCGACUAUGCGACUGCCCCAUAUAUCGAUACAUUCAACUGGGCAGAGGUAGUAGAGCAGGUAAAACGGCUAGCACAGCAAAAAGAACACAGUUGGAAAGCAAACUCGUUUUUCGUGGUAGCGUUCAGGUCCCAAAUCCCACCGACUACGGUCUAUGAAGACCUGGGGGCCUUGGACAAGGCAGCUCAUGCGGAAGCGACGGCGAGUGGUGGAUUUCUCAAGUACUGGUUUGGGAAUCCCGAUAAGGACGGUAAAAAUCUGGCAACGUGCGUGUGGAGAUCGCAAGAAGACGCAAGGAAAGGAGGCAUCGGCCCCGCGCAUCGACGCGCAGCCACGGCAGCUCGGGACCUUUAUUCCCAUUGGAAGAUUGAUCGGCAUAGGCUUAUCAUUCACGACAAUGUGGAAAACUGGGAUAUCACCGACUGGGCGUGA